AGAAGCCCACGAUCACCGUCCAAACGAUGGCGACGACGAGAGACAGAGAAAGGGACAGAGACCGCGAGCUCCUCAUCCCCGUCGGCGAGGACCCGGACCCAGAUGACGUGGAAUCAUCCUCGCCGUCCGUCGCCUGCCCCCCGCCUUGUUCCAUCCACCACCACCACCAUCCAAGCUCCAGCGUCGAGGCCUGCUCCAAAGUCAUCCGUAACUGGGCCACGAAAAAGUUUAUGACAGGAUGUGUAAUUCUGUCUCCGAUAGCCACAACAUUUUAUGUGACUUGGUGGUUUAUUCGUUUCGUGGAUGGAUUCUUUUCACCUAUCUACAGUCAUCUUGGAUUGGAUAUAUUCGGCCUGGGAUUUGUCACUUCAAUUACCUUCAUCUUCUUAGUGGGAGUAUUUAUGUCAUCGUGGUUGGGUGCUUCUGUUCUUGAUCUUGGUGAAUGGUUCAUCAAGAAAAUGCCUCUAGUGAGCUAUAUCUACUCUGCCUCAAAGCAAAUAAGUGCAGCAGUUUCUCCAGAUCAAACUUCUCGGGCUUUCAAGGAAGUGGCUAUACUGAGGCACCCCCGGGUUGGUGAAUAUGCUAUUGGCUUCAUUACAUCUACAGUCAAUCUUCGGACAAAUUCAGGCGACGAGGAGCUCACUGGUGUUUAUGUGCCCACUAAUCACCUCUAUCUUGGAGACAUAUUUCUCCUGAGCUCAAAAGACAUCAUUAGGCCAAACAUAUCUGUCCGAGAAGCCGUUGAAAUAAUCGCUUCGGUUGGCUUAUCGAUGCCUCGGAACUUGUCCACCGUGGAGGCAAACCCUGUUCUUGCAGAGCACGUGCGAUUAGCAAGAAGCCCGAAAUUUCCAAGCACUCAGGACUAGAGGUGUGUUAUAAAAGUGUCAAGAUUUGUAGAAAAUCGGAACUGCAAACUAAUUGAGCAAUUGUCUUAACUGCUUGAAAGAUAGAAAGUUAUCGAUCUUCAAGGGUUCUCAUUGACCCAUUUAUUAUGUCAAAACAUUU